AUGACGGCGACGGGAGACCAAUUGGUUCCACGCGAAGAACGGGUCCUGCUCGCCGUCAGGGCCUAUCAGCAGGGCCAAUUCGAAAGUACCCGCAAGGCAGCGGCCGCAUACGACGUCCCUCAAUCGACAGUGAACAACCUAAAGUUGACGGCGACGGAAGAGACUGCCCUGGUACAAUGGAUCUUGUCGAUGGACGAGCGAGGAAUGCCGCCGACAGUGGCUUACACUCGUCGGAUGGCCAACUUAUUGCUUUCCGAGCGAGGCAAAGAUCCUGUCGGGGAGAACUGGGUGCGGAAGUUUGUUGGCCGCCACGGCGAAAUCAAGGCAAAGUACUCUCGCCGAUACGAUUAUCAACGCGCCAAAUGCGAAGACCCCCAAAAGAUCCAAGGAUGGUACGAUCGAGUCGCGGCGACGAAACAGACAUGGGGGAUUCUUGACGAGGAUGUCUAUAACUUUGAUGAGACGGGGUUUCAAAUGGGAGUCGCCGCAACGGCGAGACCUGGAAAUCGCGAAUGGGUUACUGUGAUCGAGUCUAUCAAUUGCCAAGGUUGGGCUUUACCGGCGAAGGUUAUCUUCCAGGGCAAGUUACACCAAGCAAGCUGGUACGAAUCAGGAGUGCCCGAUGACUGGCAUAUCGCCCCCCUUGAUGUCGGGCCUCUUUCCGUUCGACCCAAACAAGAAUACCCCAAGCCCCAACAAGAGCCUGGAAGCAGCCAAGACUCCGUAUAA